AGAGCGAAAAGAUGGCCGCCGCUCCCUUAUAAGGGUAGGGGGCGGGCCAAUCUGAUUGGUCCGAACAUCUGCCAUUCACCAUUACAUGGUGAGAUGGGAUUGCUUACGUCACAGGGCCUAUACCCAUAAUAAGACUAAAACGAGGCUAGAAGUGAGGCCUGGAACGCAUCCAGAGUGAAGCUUGGAAUGCAUCACAUGACCCGAAGGUCCUGCAGCGCCAAUAGAAGCAGAUAACCAUUUGCUGUGUCGGGCUGGAGAUGACCCAGCAGUCAUGGUACAUAUCGGCACCAAUGACAAAGUAAGAGCUGCAGCAGUCGUCUGGAUCGUGCGGUGACACUAUGACGGAGAAAACUUUUUUGCCACAAAUUGAUUUCGUGCCCGCAACAGCUGAAGACUAUGAAGAAGUGAUGUCCAUUUCUGGUGGCAUAUACAACGGAACAGAUUACUUGCCUUUUAGGUACCAUGCAUGGCUGAAGGACCCAAAGAGAAGGAUGUUCCUGGCCAAGUGUGAAGGGAAAGUGGUGGGCUUCGAGUCAUUUCUAUUGGUAGAUGAUGAAACUACUGCAGUGCUAGAAGCUCUUCGAGUAGCCCCCUGGAUGAGAGGAUAUGGAGUGGCUGGAGUGAUUCAAACAUUUUGCUUAGAUACUCUACGCUCUGACCAUCCAAAGGUUAAAAGAGUCCGACUGACCCGGGCAGAGAACCCACCAGCCGCAUUGCUGACAAAAUACAAAGUGAUCAACUCUAAGGCAGUGGUACCCAUCCUCCUUCCCGCUGGUCAGUUGGAGAGCACACUAAAGUUAUUGGAGUCUCGAGUGAAAAAUUUAGAAAAAUCCCAAAAUCUCUCUCUUCUGGAACAGGAGGAAGUUCUCAAAUUCUUUGAGGAGUCUAAAAUAAGAGAAGAUCUGCUUCCUGGUGGAUUACUAGUCCAAGGCUGGCUCCCUCUUACUACAUGUAGGUCCAAUCUAGAUAUUCUACUUCAACGAAAGAUUGUCUGGAUGUAUUCACACCCUGGGGAUUCAAGUGCAUCUUCUUCCAAGGAUACAACCAGCUGUGGAGGCCCCAAUGCCUAUCUAGAAGGGUUUCUGAGCCUCAGCACCCCUCCAUUUCCAGUGCCCCUUGCAGAACGAAUACACCGUCUAGACAUUGACCUGUUUGGAAAUGACCCGUCUUGUGCCAAGGUCCACAUCCUCCAGCAGGUGAAGAUACGUGUACCAGCCUUGCCUGCAGGAAGCGGUAUCAUCUGUGUCCUAUAUGCCGAUGAGACUCUCCGGACUGAGCUUGACCAACUACGUGAAGGGUUGACUCCAUUCCCUAUCGUGAGAGAGCAGAUGAUACUGGAAAUGGAGAUCUAGGGUUGGCUUGGGUUCCACCUCUUUUUGUCUUAGUAACCUCUUAUCUCGGUAUUUGCCAAAAUGUCGCAUAUUUGACACAUAUAGCCAUAAUAAUCAAAGGACCCCCCUUUAAGUAGUUUGCCCCCCCUUAUGGGUAGUUGUCCCCCUGUAGGUAGGACUCCCUUAAAGGGGUACUCCGGCCCUAAUACAUCUUAUCCCCUAUCCAAAGGGUAGGGAAUAAGAUGUAUGAUCGCGGCGGUCCCACUGCUGGGGACCCCCACAAUUUGUCAUUGCACACCUACCUUUGUGAGCUCUCCGCAGCGCUGGAGGCUCCAAGUGUGUAGCGUGACGACUGACGACCACAGGGUCGGAGUAGCGUGACGUCACGACUCUGCCCCCGUGUGACGUCAUGCUCCACCCCCUCAAUGCAAGUCAAUUGGAGGGGGUGUGACGGCCGCUCACAAAGAUGGGUGUGCAAUGACAGAUUGCGGGGGUCCCCAGCGAUCAUACAUCUUAUCCCCAAUUCUUUGGAAAGGGGAUAAGAUGUAUUAGGGUGGGAGUACCCCUUUAAGGUAGUUUGCCACCCCUGUAGGUAGGUUUCCCCAUGCAGGUAGAACUCCCUUGGGGGUACUAUGCCGCCCCAUAGGUUGGACCCAGGAGGUGGCAAUUUCCUAAAGUAUGUGUAGUUUGCCUGCCCUGUAGGUAGAAUCCCCCUUUAAGGUAGUUUGCCCCCUGUAGGUAGUCUCUCCUCAUAUGUAGUUUGCCCCCUUUAGGUAGAAUUCCAUCAAGGUAGUUUUCCCCCAGUAGGUAGGAUCCUCGGUAGCAAGUUUUCCCCCCUGUAGGCAGAACCCCCCCUUAAGGUAGUUUGCUCCCUGUAGGUAGGAUCCCCUGUAGGUAGUUUCCCCUCAUACGUAGCUUGCUCCCUCUGUAGGUAGGACAUACUGAAGCUUUGAUACUUAGAAUGCUGUGCUAUAUUCACAGAAAAACAUGGAUCUCCCUGCUGCACCUGUCAUUUGUUUAGAGCGUCAGGUGCAGCCACGCCCACUCGAGAUGUCACAGCCACUCCCCUCACUGCAAGUCUAAGGGAGGGGGGCGUGACGGACGUCACGCCCCCUCCCAUAGACUUGCAGUGAAGGGGCGUGGUCUGGGCUGCUGGAUGUCUGGGGUGCCACAGCCUAGAUCCAGAUCGUCCCCACUGAUGGGAACCCCGCGAUCAGAGGAAAGGGGAUAAGAAAUCUAGGGGCGGAGUACUUCUUUUAAUGACAAAGAGUGUAAAUAUAUUGUGGUCCGGAUUCAUGAAGCGUGCUCACAGAGAAGUGGGGCGUUGGGUUAAAAUGGUGGCCGAGGGGCUUCUUCUUACCUCUCUGUCGCUCUGGAUCUCCUUGUAUAGUCUGUCUUAGGCAGGCUGUAUGAGUAGAUUGCCUAUAUUCUGAUCAAUAUGUAGUAGUAGGGUUUCAGCCCCUCUCUUUUUGGUAAAAUGUGAGAUAUAGGAGAAAGCUCAGAUGAUAUAAACAAAAAUCUAUUGUCCAUUAUGAUUUCAUGAUAAAAAACCAUUUUCAGCAUCAAUGGGAGAUGUAGGAAAUGUGUUUCUUAUACUAUUUUAUAUGUUUCUAUAAAAUUGUAGGGAUUCCUUGUUCUUUCUAUGGUUUGUAUAAUAGAAGGUAAAUGAUGGCAUUGGCUAUCCUAUAAGAUAUAUGCUGUUAAUCUACUAAAACAAUAAAUAAAAU